ACAGACCUUCAAAUUCAUAGGAAAGGGAAAAGCCCCAACUCAAAAUUAGGAGUACAAAAGCUUCAAAAGUUGAUAAAAUUGUUCCUUUCACAGAAGUAAUUGUAAAGCAUGGCGGAGGCAGAUGCAUCAGUGGAUAACAACGCCAGAAUAAGCAAAGAAGCGCCGCAGCUGGUUGCGGUCUUGAAAGAGAUGAAUUAUGGUUUGGAUACAGUCAGGGCGAAGAUUGAAGCUCUUACUGCAAAGGUGAAAGCAGAUAAUUUUCCCACAACAGAUGGAAUAAGCUAUCUAGACGCGAAGUAUUUACUGCUUCUGAAUUAUUGUCAGUCACUUGUGUACUAUUUGCUUCGCAAGGCGAAAGGUUUAUCUAUUGAAGGACAUCCUGUUGUAAGGAGCCUUGUGGAGAUCAGAUUGUUUUUGGAGAAGGUUCGCCCAAUUGAUAAAAAACUUCAGUAUCAGAUAGGGAAGCUUGCUGGAGUGACCCCCAGAAAUGUAGUGGAGAAUCGAGAUAUUACUGUGGAGGAGACUGAAACAGCUAAAGAAGAAGAGAAAUGGUUAAAGUACCGACCAAAUCCGGAUAUGCUUAUUAGCAAAACAGAUGCAACUCUGGAGAAGGAUGGAGUAUACCGCCCGCCAAAACUUGUGCCUGCUACUAUGGACGAAGAUAAAAUGUCUCGACAGGAGAGAAAUGCCAUGAGAAAAGAGAAAGAAACUUUACGUCAGGCUAGACGGAGUGCUUAUGUGAGAGAAUUGAUGAAUGACCUGGAGGGAAAACCUGAAGAGGUUAGAGAAGAUAUUGGAACUGAAAGUGCAGAAGUAACUAAGUACAUGGAAAAGAUGGAACAACGUGCACAGCAAGAAGAAGAGCUCUUUAUACGUGCUCCUCUUACAAAAGCUGAGAAGCAGAAAAUGAGGCGUCUGAAGAAACCAAGGAAUGGGUUGCUUGAUCUGACGGAGAGCUUCUAUGAUGAGAUAAAGACUCUGCCUUUAGAGGAUAAUGGACCUGAGCAAUCAGCAGUUAUUGGCAAUGGCAACAGUAGUGAGAGAAAAUUCAAGAAGCAAAAGAGGAGGCAUUAAGAAACAGCCAGGUUUCGGUUCUCUGAGUAGAUAGCAAAAUUGAUUGGAGGAACUGCUAGGCUCUGGACAUUUCAGCUGUUAACUACGAGAUUGAAAGUUGAAGGUCACUUGAUGAUGUAGAUUGUAGAAGAUUCAUCUCAAUUCAGAUGGCUUUGUAUUGUUGAUUUUUCCUUUUUCGGGCAGUUUUUUUUAUUGUUGUUUUGUUCUGUGGUUGUUUUCAGUUGUAAGAUUACUUAAUAGAGGUGCUUGACAUUUACAAGGUUAUCGUGAUUCAAUUUUCUCGUCUACAUGAUAUGGCAAAGAGUCAUAAACUUCUUGUGCUCUUAUUCGCACCAUACUUCUCGAUUGUGCUCAGGGAAUUAAUGAAAAAGGGGACGCAGGAGAAAGAUCAACUCCUCUUAAAUUA